GCGGCAGAGUAGUUGAAGUACAUAGUGGUUUUUGUUGAGGAAGCUGGUGAGGGUGAGGUCCAGCAAGAUGGGCGUCGUCCAUGUUGUGCUGGUGGUGCCGGGUGCCACUGGCCAUGCGAUUCCGUUCAUGUAUCUUGCGACGAAACUAGCAUCGUUUGGUGUGAAGGUGACGAUGCUUGUUUAUGAGAAGUUCGAGUCGAUGUUCCAGACAUCGAUUAUGUACAAACAACAUAGGAAAGCCAUCCAGGAAAUGGAUAUACAGAUGGUGGGAGUGGAUGAUGGGAUAUACGACGGCACGCCUGGUACCUUUCCGGAGUCGGUGAAGGAAUCCUCCGAACUGAAGCUUGUUGACGCGUUUACUGGUGCAAUGUCCCGCUUGAUGUCGAGUACUUCUCCCCCCUGCUGUAUCUUGUCCGACAUGCUUGUUGGAUGGACACAAAUUUUGGCUGCAAAAUUCAACAUUCCCCGUCACAUUCUGCACAUACAAUCAACACUUGACUUGUCAGUCAUGCUUCAUGUUCCGACGCUACUAGCAGAGGGGCGGUUGCCGUUUACUGAAAAAAGCCGAAAUGAGCUUGUAAAAAUUCCAGGAAUGGAGGUGCCAUUGCACCCUUCAGAACUGCCAUCAGAUCUACACCCUGAAUUCUUGAACAUAAUCGAUUUCAGCUACGAAUUUUUUCUUCGGAUGUCGAGGAGAGCAAUCGAGGCACCAAUAGUUCUAGUCAACACACGUUCUGGGAGCUUGAAGAGGGAGUUUUGGCCGCCCUUGACGACCUUCACGCCAGUGACCCUCAGUGAACAAAUGCCCAAAGUGAUACCAGUAGGCCCCUUGCACCCAUCAGCUGAUUUGAUCCAGCGCGACUGGGAUGAGAUUUCAGAGGAACCCACCAUACAAUUCUUGAGCAAGCAACCACCAAGUUCCGUGAUUUACAUUGCGUUCGGUACUGGUGGGACGCUUAGCCGGGAGCAGGCAGAGGAACUCGCCUUGGGGUUAGAGGCCAGUGAGCAACCAUUCCUGUGGGUGGGGGGCCCAAACAGACUCAAUCCGUUGGCCGAAAAUCUAGACAAAAUUCUUCCCCAAGGAUUUGAGAACCGCGUCAAGGACAGGGGCAUGGUAGUGAGCACAUGGGUCCCGCAGCCAAGCAUACUCAGACACCCAUCCACAGGCGCGUUUCUGUCGCACACUGGCUGGACAUCGACACUAGAAGGGAUGGCUGCCGGGCUGCCGAUCCUGGCCUGGCCGCAACGUUUCGAGCAGUAUCUGAACAGCAGGUACCUGGUGGACGUGGCCAAGGUGGCGGCAGAGUUCCGGAAGGGCAGCGAUGGGCUGGUGACGAGAGACGAAGUGGAGAGAGUCGUGAGGCGCGUCAUGAAGCAAGACGAAGGCCGCGCGUUACAAUCCAACGCUCAUGCGAUGAAGGAAGCUGCACACAAGCGCGCCGCCUCUCCCCACGAGCUCCAAACUUUUCUCUCCUUGAUGACCCAGGCCGGGCUGCCUCAUUAGCCAGCGGCAGCAGCGCCCCCGCCUUGGGAAUGAAGCUUCAUCCCCGACUUCUUCAUUUACGACUUCAUCCACUUCCACAUUCAUCCACUCGUUCGUUCUCGCUAACUGUGCAGACAAUGCAUUUGUUCACACUUGUUAUCCUUUCAUUUCACCUGUGUGAACGCGCGGAGCCAAACCCCCGUUGAUUAUUAUAAAAUGUUAUCAAAUGCGGUUCUCGAAAUUUUGCUGUCGGAUUUCCCGUUUUGAUUGAAUUGUUAGGGGUUGAGAUGUUGCUCUGUCUCAACGUGACAGUAUUUUAUAGUAAACGUGUGUAAUGCAUUAAAAACAAUGUAAACAUUGAUGAAUAAGAUAAAUUUUGAGAAAAUCUUAACAAUGUGUAUUCUACAUUAUUUCUUUUGAAGAAAUAUUUAUACAAUUUUAGAACAUAGAAUUUUAUAAAAAAUUGACAAGCCUACAUUUGGUUGGAGCACCAAAAAAUACCAUUGGUUGGAGUAGUAGGGUGGUAAAACUAAGUUACAAGUUUAACUUAGUUAUUCCUAAGCUAUCCAGUUACUAGGAUCAAAGGAUUAGACAUGUCAGAUUGGGAUGGGUAGAGAUGGGAUGAGAUGGAUUGGACUAAAAUGGAACAAGUAAGGAUAGGGUGAAAUAAGCCAAGCUAGGAUGGGAAAAAUUGAGAUGGGAUAAGUUGAAAUAGGUUGUACUGAGAUGGUGAUAGCAACGAUAGCAGUGCAAAUAAUCUUGAUUUGCACUUAGCUAAUGCGGCGCCA